UUCUGUAAUCAGCAUUGCCUGGUAAAAACGGUUAUUGAAGGGUCUUGGGAUUUAAACUUCUCAGUACCAUUCUCAGUCAACUAAAGAUGGCAAGCCACACUGCAGGCCGUUGUGUGCUGGUCUUCUUGGCCACCAUGCUCGUAGCCGCAGUCGACAGCGCCGCAGUAACACCUGUUGUUCCAAAUAGCAUGGACUACAUCGGAGUCGGGUACAACCUAGUGAUGGGGAACCCAGAAGGUGACUCUACGAACCUUGGUGGAGCCGAUCCUGGACUCCAUGGGACUAGGAAGAUCUUAGAGCUCACGUACCGUCAAAAUAAGAAAACAAAAGACAACCGGUUCAGCGUGCCGGACGAGGUGGAGUACGUGCCACGAGACACUGAAUACACAACAGAUGUACAAUCGAUCUUUUCUGGAGCGAAAAGCUACGCAAACUCUCUCAGCAACUUGGUGCAGGAAUCGGCCAGUUUGAACGUCGUCUUUGCUUCGGUCAAAUUUGCUGGCAGCCAUGAUUAUAAGAAAAUUGCAAAAGACCAAGAGAGUGGAGGCAAUGUGUAUUUCACCAAGGAGACAAUAACAAACUUCGGGAAUAUCAGGUACAUGUCAGAACUGGCUAAAGCCGAUGGCUUUGAUAUUACCCGCAGUUUCUACGCUGCCGUCUGUGAUCUACCUGCUACAUACGAAGCCAAUACGAAGAAAUACAUGGACUUCAUUGAUAGAUGGGGAACGCACGUUGUGAUGGAGCUGGAUGCGGGAAUGCGUUCCGGUUCAACGAAUCGUACAACCACAUCAUCCUUUAUCAAACAGGCGUCAAAGCAGAAUUCGGACAGCUUGAGCUUUGGGGGACAUUACAAGAUCGCCUCUGCAUCGGUAUCGGUAGACAUCAGUAGAUUUAAUGCAGACAAAACCUCACAGGAGAAGUUUGAAAGUACAAGCACAGCCUUCCAAGUGGGAACUCAAGCGUUACAGGAACCCAUCAACCUGAAAUUGAUUGGGCUGAAUGAAUUACUGGCGGAUGACAGAUAUUGGACAUCACAGAAGUCUCAUGAAGGAACCCUUUGCCCUGUUGGAUGGGAUAGGACCGCAAUGUCUGCCAACCUCUUGAAGGCCUACACAGGAUACAUUGAAUAUAAGAAAAUAACUCCAGCCACUCAAGAUCCGGACGUUCGUGUACCUAUAGUCUGGCCAGAUGGCACGUAUGCCUUGCCAAAGCCAGCCAGGAACCCAAGUGGAACUUGCCCUAAUACAGAGUACCUGACAUGGAACGAAGGUGAUAGGCUUAUGCGAUUCAUGGAAUUCAGCGUGAAUCAAUGGACGGCAUCCCAACAUUUGAGUGACGAAAUCUUUGAGAGUAGCGCGAAGUUAUGGUUCUGCGUAAAGGAUGUGAAGCAGUUGUCUCAGGAUCCACAUGCACCAUCUUGGGACUGGAUGCCCGGCACCUAUUGUAUCUACAAGUAUGGUGCCUCUUGUCCUCGAGAGUUCACAGAGGGAUACCUGAAAUAUACUGAGAGUGCGUCGAACAAUAACAUCUUACAACACGGUAUGUUGCCAGAAGGGAUGUACAGGAAGACAUCCUCUCAGUUCUACUUUUGUUGCCGGAAUGAUGCCUCCCCCAUGCAUCCUAUUUACCUUCCUACCGAGACGAGCUUUUAUCUCUUCAGAUACUCCCAAACGUGUCAACAGGUACAUGGGAUGACUGUUAAGGAAGAAACUCUGAAAAUAGACACUGCGUAUCUUAACAACGCAGAUGAGAAGGUUGGAGCGUAUCCUCAACCCAAUAAAGAUAGUAACGCAGCCGCCGAAGACACAAUCGAGACUACUUACUGCUACUACGAGCCAGAGACCACUGCCGGAGCCGCCGCAAAGAGAAGGGAGGAGUUAGAAGCAAACAAGAAACAGGAGGUCUUACAAACGUCCCAUGACGGGGCCAAAGAAGAGAGAAGGUUCUUUGGUAGGGAAGAGAUCCUGAAAAAAUUUCUGGAUUUGCUGAGAGAGGAGUAGAAAUGACAAGACAUGUGGGUUUCGUUUUCCUGCGACCAUAAUACAAACGAAUUAGAAGGCACUUAAAGCCAACUAGGACCUGUCCCUUUUGGGGAGAAAAUAAGGGAGGGAGUGGCUCAAUAUAGUAAAA